CGGAAACACUUCUGGUUUGCAGAAAGGCGGAUCCCUCUCGGCUACUUUGCCUUUCAGAACUUCUUUUAAGGCUAUUUUUACCUGCCAUUCCUCGGCAGGUCACGCCAAAUCCAACAAAAAUAACUUACUUAAGUAUUAAAACGACAUUUUAUUCAGUCGAGUUCCACGACUGUACUUAUCGCGACGACAAGAAGAGUUUUCCAGCUAUAACGUUAGCUAGCUAACUUUUAACGCUCUAGCUCAUAACUUGACAACUGCCCUGCAGCAUAACAGGGAAGGACCAACACAAGAUGGCAGAUAAAGACUUGAUGUGGGCAUUGAAGACCGGGGACAUGGAAGAAGUGGAAACCAAGCUGGUAACGGCUGAAGAUGUAAACCGGACCCUGGACAGCGGGAGGAGGCCUCUGCACUAUGCUGCAGACUUUGGUCAGACAGAUGUGGUGGAGUACCUCAUUUCUAAGGGAGCCGAUAUUAAUGCUCCAGACAAACACGGGCUCACUCCACUGAUCUCUGCCUGUUACGAGGGUCACACCUCCUGUGUCAAGAUCCUGCUAGAAAAGGGAGCUGACAAAGACCGAAAAGGACCGGACGGCAUCAGUGCCUUUGAAGCUGCCGAGGACGAUGCCAUAAAGGCUCUGCUCAAGUGAGACACCACAGUGUGGGAGGUGACUGGACAGGUGGGUGAACGGACAGACAGAUGGAUGCAGUGGUCCCCUGAAAGAAGACGGAUUCGCCCCUUUUGCCCUGAUCAGCGUCUGUCUUAACACUGCUUUGUCUGUUUGUUGAAGGCUCAUUUUGUCUGUCUGGUGAUUUUUCCUUUUUCAUUGUUUUUUUUUCUUCUUUUUUUUCUCCAAGUUUUUGGGAUAGGAUUUUCUCUCGUUUUGGCCUCUGUUUGUACCCAUUUAACAGAAGGUCUUGUCAAUUAUGUCUCCCUUAGGGACCAAACGCUGGGGGAGCGCUCUCGCACAUGGAUCCUAGAACACUGCUUAGACUAGACUUCACACUCUGUAAUGUAAACGCAAAGCUUAGCACUUAAAUACACAUCUCUCAUUUGCAGUUCUCUCUUGCAAAUCAAAUGGUAAUAGAUCAAAAAGUGUGUUAACAAUUUUUACAUCUUCAAUAUAAGUAUUGUAUGGCCAGUACUUAAUCUCAUGAAAUGAACAGUAAUUGCACUGUACUAUACUAGAUAGAUUGAAAAGAAAGGUUGUAAAGUUUCAUUAUAUUAACCUUUCAUUAUGUGUGGCCUCUUCCUUUUUUGAUUUCUUUUUUUAAUAGACCAAACUGUCCCUCCAAUCUUGAAAUUUUGGAAACGUUGGUUGAGAGAGGUCCAGAGGCCAAAUUUUCCUUUUCUACUCGGCAUAUCACUUACAUAUCAAACAGCGUUUUUGACUCAUUUUACGUUGGUAACUAACAUUAACGAUAUUCUGUAUUCUUUGACCAAUCACCAUGCUGGUUAACUAGAAAUACUUGAAUGUUGCAAUUCUAAAAUCUGUUAUUGAAUCCCUUUUUUCUUUCUUUUUUUUGAAGCAAUGUUAACAGCACGUAAUAGAAUAAGCAAUUCUAGAGAUUUGUUAAUUUUGUCCUCCCCUGGAGUGAGAUUUCAGAGCAAAAAAAAAAAAAAUCCUUUUUUGUUUCAGCUUUUCUGUGUGUUUUUGUAAUUGAUUGGCUCUCGGGGCUUUUGAAUGAUGGGCAAAUAGGGGGUGGAGUUGAAACGGGAUGGUGGGGGCUGUUAGCAUUCCCCAUGCCUUGGAUUUGGUUAGACGCCCUGCCUGUGUCGCUGCAUGUCAAAAUUGCCUCUGCUUUUACGCUACGAAAUGGUCGCUGGUCCUCUCUUGGUUGCUUUCAAAUGAAUUACUACGAUGUAAUGACAGAAAAGAUGCUCUUGCUGACUUUGUUGUGACAAAAAGUCUGUAAAAAAAAAAACAGAAAUAAAAAAUAUCCAUAAACACAA